AUGGGUCACGAAGAUGCUGUCUACCUGGCCAAGCUCGCCGAGCAGGCUGAGCGAUAUGAAGAAAUGGUUGAGAAUAUGAAGAUUGUCGCCUCCGAGGACCGCGACCUGACCGUUGAGGAGCGCAAUCUCUUGUCCGUUGCUUACAAGAACGUCAUCGGCGCGCGCCGUGCCUCAUGGAGAAUAGUCACUUCUAUCGAGCAGAAGGAGGAGUCUAAGGGCAACUUUUCCCAGGUCACUCUCAUCAAGGAGUACCGUCAGAAGAUUGAGGCCGAACUCGCCAAGAUUUGCGAAGACAUUCUUGACGUUCUUGACAAGCACCUGAUUCCUUCUGCCAAGUCUGGCGAGUCCAAGGUGUUUUACCACAAGAUGAAGGGUGACUAUCACCGCUACCUCGCCGAGUUUGCCAUCGGUGACCGCCGCAAGGACUCGGCCGACAAAUCUCUCGAGGCCUAUAAGGCGGCCACGGAGGUUGCUCAGACCGAGCUUCCUCCUACCCACCCCAUCCGCCUGGGUCUGGCCCUCAACUUCUCUGUCUUUUACUACGAGAUCCUCAACGCCCCCGAUCAGGCCUGCCACUUGGCCAAACAGGCGUUUGAUGAUGCCAUUGCUGAGCUUGACACUUUGAGCGAGGAGAGCUAUAAAGACUCCACCCUCAUUAUGCAGCUUCUGCGUGACAACUUGACCCUGUGGACUUCGUCCGAGGCCGAGACUGGUGCCGGCCAAGCUGACGCUCCCGUUAAGGAAGAGACCUCUGCUGCCGCCGAGCCCGCCGUUGCCUCUGAGGAGGCCAAGGCCACCGAAUGA